UUGCAAGAAUUCAGUGUAUCAGGUUUAAAGUUACUUAUAACUUAUUUAAAACUGUCCAUUUUAAAAAAAGAAAAUGAAGAUAGUAUUGUUUACCAUUAUAUCAAUUGAAAUGAUUCCGGAAUGAAAUCGUGUUGAACCAUUGCAAAGCAGAUCGAAAGCUCGAAUUAUUCAACGGAAGAUUAUAAAGAUAAUUUCACAAUGGGUAAAAAACCUGUAUACGGAGAAAUCGAUGGGAUGCUAACUCCACCUAGUUUCGUCCCAGAAGUAAUGCGAGAAGCAAUGGCUUUUAAACCUGGACCCGAAGAUGUCAUCGUCACAACCUAUCCAAAAUGUGGAACGACCUGGUCACAGCAAAUCGUGGGUCUUAUCUUAAGAAAAGGUAAGCCAUACCUGACUGCAGAGGAUUAUUUUGGUACUUUACCAUUCCUGGAAAUGACAACAAUGGAAGAACUGGAAACUCUGGAGAAACCGAGAUGCAUCAAGACACACUUUCCAUUCGACCGCCUAAAUUUUUCCUCAGAAGCAAAAUACAUCUACGUUGCCCGACAUCCAGCAGAUUGUGUGGUGUCCUUCUUUCACCAUACGCGUUUCUUCCCGAUAUACCAUUUCACAGAUGGGUCAUUUGAUGAUUAUUUUGAACUCUUCAUCAAAGGCGAGGUUGACUGGAAUGACUAUUUUGAUCAUCUUCUGUCGUGGUACGAGCAUCGAAAUGAACCUAAUAUUCUGUUUCUAACUUACGAAAACAUGAAGAAGGAUCCUCGUGAAGCCUGUCUUCAGAUUGCUCGGUUUCUUGGAGACGACCAUUACAAAACACUUGUUGACAACGAUGAAGAGAUUCUGAAAAAGGUCUUAGAGUACAGUAGCUUGGAGUUCAUGAAAAAAACCGUAAAUGAAUUCUGGAGACAACAGUUCACCAAGGUGCCGUCGGAAGAAUUUCAACGUCGAAAUCCUGUGAUGAAGAAAUACGCAAAACUAAUGAAACAAGCUGCCGAACAGGGCCAUGUGCAUAAGGGAAAUUUUAUACGAAAAGGCGUUGUGGGGGAAGGAAAGAUACAACUUUCCGAAAAUCAACUACAAAGGCUGAAAGAACGUAUUCAUGAGAAAACAAAGCAUUCUGAUGUAAUGAAUCUGUGGAAAACAGAUAUAUAAAACUGAUAAAUAUUUAAAACUUUCAAAAAACGCUUUUAUUAUUAAACUUUUAAUUAAAUUAAAUAAGUUUUUAUUAAUCAGGAGAAUUUAUUGAGGAAUAUGGAAAUUAAUAUUUACAUAUUUUUAUUAAAUUCAAAGCGUAACAAAAUUUAGCUUUUAUAAAAUGAAUUUUUGAGAUUUUUGGUUGUUGUUGUUUUAUGUUAUUUAUCACGACUUUUUAUUCUUUGGAAGCAGCACAUUGUGCACUUUUUUUUAUAUUUAACUUCACAAUCACUUAUUUUUAA